AUGGAAAAGCUUUCUUCUGUUCCUUGUUCUGACUUUUCAAACAAUCCAGUAAAUCAAUCUGUAAUUGGUGGAACUGGUUUAAAGGAAGCUGUAGUGAAGAAUUCUGAAGGAGUUAAAUUGAAUGUUGUUAAUGCGUGGAAGAAGACACAACACAUAAAGUUAAACUAUGACAUGGAUUCGACUCCUGUUACUGAUGAUGGGAUUGCAGUAAUUAUGAAUUGUAAAUCAGAAAAUGUUAAUUCUCAAGUUCUCAAGAAUUCUCUGGUUAUCAAAGUAUUGGGUAAUAAUAUCCCUUUUCCAGUAUGUAGCAGAGAACUAAGGAGACAAUGGGCUAGAUUUAGUAAUUUCCAUCUCACGACUUUGGGGCUUGACUGGAUUCUAUGUUCCUUUUCAAAAUCAGAAGUAGUUGAAGAAGUCUUGGAGGGAAGUCCUUGGUUCAUAGGAGGAAAUAUAAUUGGACUAGAUAAAUGGUCCCCCAACUUUUCACCCGAAGCCCUUAAAGGACUUACAGCUCUGAUAUGGAUUCGAUUGCCAUGUUUACCAUUGCACUGCUGGGAUGAACAGAACAUCUGUCGGAUAGCUUCCAAGAUAGGAAUUCCUAUUUAUCUAGAUGGGAAUUCUUUUAAAUGGGGUAAAAGAGAAUAUGCCCGAGUAUGUGUAUGCAUGGAUCUGGACAAAAAAGUUCCUAAGGGAAUUUGGAUAGAAGGGCUACAUGGCCAUUUAAAGAGCAAAUGUUCUUUGAUCAAUAAUGCUUCUUCCAGAACAGUAGCUGAAGUAUUUAAAGUUAAUGGGAAGAUAACGGAUCAAGAACGAGAUUCAUUCAAUAAAACCAUUGGUUUGGAAGAGAACAAAAGCACUGAAGUUCUAUUGAAUAACUGUUUCAGUAUCCUGGAAGAAGACUUGCAUAACAAUGAUCUUGAUGAGCCCAAAGAUAAAGGCAGUAAUGCAUAA